AUGGGUCGCCAGGCAUGGCGGCUGCGGCCGGGGGCAGCGAUGAAGACGAUGCCUUUCGGAAGAUACGCAGGGAGGCAAAUGGGGGACCUGCCCGGGAGCUUCCUGAGCUAUGUCUCUCGGCGGAUGGAGGGAUCGCGAUGGGCGGCGUACGCCCAGAUGAUCAUGGAUUGGCGGGACAGGAUAGGGAUCCACGGCGGGGACAGGACGCAGCGGGUUUCUUCCUCGCGCGCGGCGAGAGAGGAGUCGCGGCUGGAUCGCCGCCGGAGGAGCCGGCGCGAGGAGAAGUAUGCCACGAUUCUCCUGAGCUGCUUGGAGCCAGGGGCAUUGUCCACGGGCAAGUGGAUGCACGAGAGGAUCGUCAAGAGGGGCUUGGGCGACAGCGUCUUCUUGGGCAAUCUUCUUAUCAAGCUCUAUGGGAAAUGCGGGGCCGUGGAGGAUGCAAGGUCGGUGUUUGAUGCUCUGGGCGCGAACAGGAACGCUUUCUCUUCGAUCUUGAUGAUCAUCGCAUAUGCCCACAAUGGGCAUCUUGGCCGGGCUAGACAGAUCUUCUUCCAGAUGCCUUGCCGGGAUGUUGUGUCGUGGACUGGGAUGAUCGCGCUUCAUUCCAACGAGGGCUGUUUCAAGGAGUCGCUGGAUCUCUACAAGGGAAUGCUGUGUGAUGGGAUGAAGCCUGUGAGGAUUGGAUUCAUCACAGCUCUGGACGCUUGCAUCCACUUGAAGAGUCUCGCGGAGGGGCGAGCUUUGCACUCUCAUAUCGUGGAGUCCGGCCUCGAGAGCCACUGGAAAGUGAAGAACUCACUCCUUUGCAUGUAUGGUUUCUGCGGGAGUGUUUCGAGGGCUAGGAAACUCUUUUUGAGCUACUCGGAGAAGGACCAGAUUGAGAGCAAGCUCACGAAGACGCUGCUGGUGGCUGUCUACGCUGCCAAUGGCCGUCACAAAGAUGCUCUCAAGAUCUUCCAACGCUCGAAGGAAAUGGUUUUCUUUCCCAUCACUUACAUAGUCGUGUUGGAGGCUUGUGCCAGCGCUCGAAAGCUCCAGGUUGGACGACGCGUGCACUCGAGGAUGCCAGAGGUUUUUCAAGCUCAUGGAAAGAUCGGGGCUGGAUUGGUGAACUUGUAUGGGAGCUGUGGAUGCUUGGAAAGCGCUCGAAAGUGUUUCGACAAGAUGAUGGUUUCGAGCAAGGACGGUCUUGGAGUUCUUCCCUGGUCUGCGAUCGUUGCUGCGUAUGCCUCUAACGGGCAUAGCUGUGAAGCCUUGAGGCUCUUCAGGACAAUGCAGCUCGAUGGCACAGCUCCGAAUGCCGAGAGUUUCAGAGCGCUGGUGUUUGGCUGCUGUCGAGAAGGAAAACUGGAUGAUGCUCGUGAGCAGCUGCUCAUCAUGGUUGAGAGCUAUGGAAUCACUCCGGACUACGCGAGCGUAAUGGAUCUCCUGGCUCGCUCUGGAUUUGUCGAUGGGUCAGGGAAUUUUCGUGAAGGCCUUGACGAUCCCAGGAGCCAAGACCAGCAACGCAAAACCGAGGUGGUGUUAAGACCCAAGGUUGUGGAAGACGUCUACGGUGUUUUGCGUAAGAAGUUACUGCCUAAACACGUAGAUCUGGCUACUUGGCUGGACACCGACGUUCCAAACAUGCCAUUCUCACUCGCGAGGCACCCGCUGGAAGUUGCACAGACGAGAUCGGAGAUAAUGCCAAUCCCAAAACAGUUCCAGCAGCCUCGGCCAUUCCAACCGGAGGAAGAAGAAAAGAAGCUCGAAAUCGCUGCGAGGAUGGAAGAAAGAAAGCGUCGGAGGGAGAUCCUCAGGAGGAACCGACUGCGGAGGAAAGCCAGGAUAAAGAGCGUGGUAUAA